UCUACCAGUCCAGUCACUGCUACCCAUACCUUCCUAUGGCCCUUACUUCGGCAGCGGGUUUGGUGGCUCUUCUUGAUGACUCCCCUCAGGAGAUAAAGACAUUUGCUCUUAAGCGUCUUGACGAGCUGGUUGACGAAUUUUGGGCCGAGAUAUCUGAAUCUUUAUAUAAGAUAGAGAUUCUCCACGAGGAUGAAAAGUUUACCUCGAACAAAUUAGCCGCUCUUUUGGCUUCUAAAGUUUAUUACCAUCUAGGAGAGUACGACGAUUCUCUUCAUUUCGCUCUUUGCGCUGAGGAUUUGUUCGACAUCGAUUCUAAAUCUGAAUUUAUCGAAACCAUCAUUGCUAAAUGCAUCGAUAAAUACACCUUUCUACGUGUUGAACAAGAAGCCGCGGACUCCACAAACACCACUCAGGUUUCGACUACACCAGGGGGGUUGUCAUGGAGCUCACCAAAUAGUGUUACUUACAAACGGUUGGAACAUGUUGUUAGCAAGAUGUUUGAAAGGUGUUUUGACCAUAGACAGUUUAAGCAAGCUCUGGGGAUUGCAAUUGAAACCCGAAGAAUGGAUAUGUUUGAAAAAGCAAUUCAAUUAGCAGACGAUCGCGAGUGCAUGCUACGCUAUGCUUUUCGUGUUGUACUGACCCUUGUAGAUAGCGUUCGCUUAAGGAACAGAUUCCUCCGUAUAUUAGUGGAUAUAUUCACAUCCCGUGCUACUGCAACAGAUUCCGUUAGUAUCUGUCAAUGCCUUGUCCUUAUGGAUGAUGCGCAGGCCGCUGCUGAUGCUCUC